AUGGAAGGGGAAUGUCAAGCCUAUAGAAGACUCAGUAGCGUUUUUCAGUAUCUCAGUGGUUAUGAACAAGCUGUAGAAUACCAAGAGCAACACUUGAUUAUAGCCAAGAGGUUGGGAGAUAGAUCAGAAGAGGGCUUUGCGUAUGGACAACUUGGCAGUAUUUUCCAUAGCCUUGGUGAAGUAGAAAAAGCCAAAGAAUAUUACUACAAACAACUUUCGAUUAUCUGUGAAAUUGGCGAUAGGAAUGAAUUGAUAAAGGCGUAUGGAAACUUAGGGAGAGUCCAUCACAGUCUGCACGAGUUCAAAAAAGCCAUAGAAUAUCAUGAAAGACAACUGAGUAUUGCUAAAACGGAGAGAAGGAGAACCGAUGAAGCUCGUGCGAAAUAUGAACUAGGUCGUAAUUUCGAAUCACUAGAGUCCUUAACAGAGGCUGCGCAAUAUUACAGGUCAAGCGCGGAGCUUUUUGAAGAGAUACGAGCUCAUCUUCCUCGAAAAAAGAACAGUUUCUUCCAAGAUGAAUGGAAGAUCAACUUUUUCGAUGUGCAACAAUGUGUGAACACUGCCCUAUGUAGAACACUACUUAAACUAAAUAAGGUUUCAGAGGCUCUUGUCGCGGCGGAAAAUGGACGUGCCCAAUCUCUGGUAGACAUUUUGAGAUCACGUUAUGGAAUCGACUCCUUUCACUCGCUAUCAACAACACAGGCAUUGAUGAAUGAUACAUUUAAUUGGAUUUCCACAAACACAGUUGUAUUACGACUUGAUGGCGACAAAAUAUACAUCUGGCUGCUUCUUCCCGCGAAAGCAGGACAAAAGGUUCAGUUUGUCAAGAGGACAAUAGAUAGUGCUCAAGAUGUUGAAGCCUUUUGGAAAGCAAUGGGUGGGACAAGAUCGCUUGCUAUGUUAUCAAGUAAUGAUGAUAAGGAAAUCUCGGAUCUUUCAUCGUCCUUAUGUUUAAUUCACCGCUUGGUUUUUGGUGAAAUAUCAGACUUCUUGCAGGGAGAAGAACUUGUCAUUGUCCCUGAUGGUCCUUUGUACUUUGUUCCCUUUGCCGCACUCAGGGAAUCUAUUCAGUCGAAGUACUUUUUCGAACUGUUUAGAAUUCGACUCUUUCCGUCGCUGACGAGUAUGAAAAUAAUUGCUGAUUCUCCUCAGGACUAUCACCGUAAUAGUGAUGGUCUACUUGUGGGAGAUACUUUCAACGAUGCGGUAAAUAAGAUAGGAUCACUUCCCGCUGCAAGACAGGAAGUGAUAUUGAUCGGAAGAUGGACCGGUAUUAAACCCCUUAUCGGUGAAGAAGCGACAAAAGCGGCAGUGCUUCAACAUCUAAACUCUGUCGCCUUAAUACACAUUGCAGCUCACGGAGAUAUGCAAACGGGUGAGGUUUUGUUGGCACCCAACCCUAAGAGGACUUCAGACAUUGCAAAAGGGGAAGACUGCAUUUUAACGAUGGCUGAGGUACUAACUGUUGGAGUGAGAGCAAGACUGGUUGUUCUGAGCUGUUGUCAUAGUGGGCACGGAAAGCUUAUGUCUGAAGGUAACAUUGGCAUUGCACGGGCUUUUAUCGCCGCUGGAGCUCGUUCUGUUUUGGUGUCAUUGAGUGCGAUCGAUGAUGAAGCCACACUUAUGUUUAUGAAAGAAUUCUACAAAGAGUUGGUGAAAGGAAGCACCGCUAGUAAGGCCUUAAACAAGGCCAUGGAAUGUCUCAGAAACUCAACUGAGUUUUGGGAACUUAAAUACUGGGCUCCAUUUGUACUCAUUGGGGACUAUGUUACCUUAGACAUGUUUCUGAAACCAGAACAGACAGUGAUGCCUGACGCUGGUGCUUUGCAGUGUAAGUAAACACCUUUUUACCACAUCAUUGAGCACAAGCAGAUAUGACUCAUUUUCCAAGAAAUUUUAGAAGAAAAAACAGCAUGAAAUCUAUCAUAGAGAGUUAUACAGUCAAACCUGUAUUAAGCAGUCAAUUAAGUCAUUGCCCAGCUCGAUCUUAUCAGUCAUGGCGGCUUUAAAAUGGUCUUGAUAAGAGAAGAUCGGUCCUGGAUCUAAAGACAGCCUUUGACAAGGUAGAUUGACAACUUUCAAUGACAGGAUAUUGGGUUUAGAGGCUAAGUUGUAGAUGUAAAUGGACCAACCGACUGACAAUCGUACGAAAGCGGAGGAGGACUUUAGACUUCAGACUUCAGACUUCAUUCUUCAGACCUCGGACUUCAGACUCCAGAUUUUUUUUUUUAAAGUUGUCGGAAGUAGGAAGUCUGAAGUCUGUUGUUUGAAGUCCCUCCUCGGCUUUCGCACAAUCAAUACUUGGGUUUUUUUUUCAAUAAACAUAUACGACCUUGCCGAUAAGACUCGCCAUUCUUCUAUACGAAUAUAAGCGGAUGAUACCAGUAUAACGUUCAUUGACCGCUGCAUCCCUGAACUGCAACACUAUAUAAAUAUUCCGAUUUGUAACAACGCCUUCUGGACUGGCUGAAAACAAUUUGAUUCUCUUCCAAGGAUUUUGGAAUUGGAGUCUAACAAUAUAGAUACAUCACAAUUAAAUAGUUUAGGAACGAUUCCUAAAAAUUAGAGCUCAUUUACUGCGAUCUUUAUCGUCUGCCACCACUAACGUACACUCUGAAUAUUUUCUAGACAGCCUGAUUUCAAGAAACAGAGUAGACCACGACAGCUUUCAACAGCUAUGCCAUCCACAAACAAUAGUGUCUGACGUUAGAAAAUAAUCACCGCUAGAUGAUAAAGUUCUUACAUACCCUAAAAAUUUUACAUAACAUUCUUAAGGAGUAAAACAGAGCCUUCCCAUGGCUACAGUCCUUCUCCCAUAUUUCUCUACAGCUUCUUUUUGUUUUCCUUUCAGACCAUGCAGAAGGGGACGCGGAGGACAGUUCAGCUUCGCACCCUGAUUAACGAGACCUGAUUAAGGUGUAAAUGGCGCGAGACUAGGUUGUACAAACUGGGCUUUUGGAAUUAUAUUCGUCUUACGGGUUCACAUUAACUGAACAAUUAAGAUGUGUGUGAUGACUCUGCCUAUCAGAUUUUACUUGCAUAAAUCACCAGGCCCAAAAUGACAGUGGUAUAAUGUGCUGCGGCCAGUAGUCAGCAAUUUAAGAAGCGGUUAAGAAAUAGAUAUUUUUAAUAAUUAGUACCAGUAUUGUAAAUAUUUUUAUUACUUCUUAAUGUUGUGAAAGACCUGUGACAAUCGACUUGAGAAAGU